GGCAGGGCUCAUCGAGGGGCAGGGUAAAUUGCUGCUACACCAGCUGCCUGAAGUCCGCGGAGUGCUGCUUAAAGAGCGGCCAGGAAGCGAGGAGCUGCUGCUGGACAAAGAGCAAGGUAAAUGUUGGCAGAGGAAGAAUGAUAGAAACCCAAUGGAUGGAGCUGCUAGAUGGGGGAAAAGGAAACAAGAGAGACUAAAAACUGGAGAAAACUGGGAGAACAGGAAUGAAUCCAAUGCUUUUCAGCAUGUAAUCCGGCAAAUAACGGAGCAAGCAGGAGAAAAAAGCCUGUGUCCUCCGUGUAGGAAAAGCUCCUCUACUGAACCCAGCUUUCAAUCUUAGAAGGAAAUGAAAGCAAGGAAGAAACUACAUACAUGCCUGGAGUGUGGAAAGAGCUUCAGCCAGAGAGCACAUCUUAUUAUACACCACAGAACCCACACUGGGGAGAAACCACAUGAUUGCUUGGAGUGUGGAAAGAGCUUCAGCCAGAGAGCACACCUUAUUGUACACCAUAGAACCCACACUGGGGAGAAACCCCAUAAAUGCCUGGAGUGUGGAAAGAGCUUCAGCACAAGUGGAUAUCUUAUUAUACACCAUAGAACCCACACUGGGGAGAAACCACAUAAAUGCCUGGAGUGUGGAAAGUGCUUCAGCCGGAGAGCAGAUCUUAUUGUCCACCAUAGAACCCACACUGGGGAGAAGCCACAUAAAUGUCUGGAGUGCGGAAAGAGCUUCAGAACGAGACCGCAACUUACUGUGCACCAUAGAACCCACACUGGGGAGAAACCACAUAAAUGCCUGGAGUGUGGAAAGAGCUUCAACCGAAGAACACAUCUUAUUGUACACCAUAGAACCCACACUGGGGAUAAACCACAUAAAUGCCUGGAGUGUGGAAAGAGCUUCAGCCGGAGAGCACAUCUUAUUGUACACCAUAGAACCCACACUGGGGAGAAAACACAUAAAUUCCUGGAAUGUGGAAAGAACUUCAGCACGAGUGCAGAAUUUACUAUACACCACAGAACCCACACUGGGGAGAAACCACAUAAAUGCCUGGAGUGUGGAAAGAGUUUCAGCCAGAGAGUACAUCUUAUUGUACACCAUAGAACCCACACUGGGGAGAAGCCACAUAAAUGCCUAGAGUGUGGAAAGAGCUUCAGCACAGGUGCCCAUCUUAUUAUACACCAUAGAACCCACACUGGGGAGAAACCACAUAAAUGCCUGGAGUGUGGAAAGAGCUUCAGCACAAGUGCACAUCUUAUUAUACACCAUAGAAUCCACACUGGGGAGAAACCACAUAAGUGCCUGGAAUGUGGAAAGAGCUUCAGCACAAGUAGAAAACUUACUAUACAUCACAGAACCCACACUGGGGAAAAACCACAUAAAUGCCUGGAAUGUGGAAAGAGCUUCAGUUGGAGAGCACAUCUUACUGUACACUGUAGAAGAACACACACUGGGGAGAAACCACAUAAAUGCCCAGAGUGUGGAAAGAGCUUCAGCACGAGUGGAGAACUUAUUGUUCACCACAGAACCCACACUGGGGAAAAACCACAUAAAUGCCUGGAGUGUGGAAAGAGCUUCAGCACGAGUGGAGAACUUACUGUACACCACAGAACCCACACUGGGGAGAAACCACAUAAAUGCCCGGAGUGUGGAAAGUGCUUCAGCCGGAGAGCACAUCUUAUUGUACACCAUAGAACCCACACUGGGGAGAAGCCUCAUAAAUGCCUGGAGUGUGGAAAGAGCUUCAGCACAAGAGGAGCUCUGACUGUACACCACAGAACCCACACUGGAGAGAAACCAUAUAAGUGCCUGGAAUGUGGAAAGAGCUUCAGCACAAGUACAAAACUUACUAUACACCACAGAACCCACACUGGGGAGAAACCACAUAAAUGCAUUGAGUGUGGAAAGAGCUUCAGCACAAGUGGAGAACUUACUGUACACCACAGAACCCACACUGGAGAGAAACCACAUAAAUGCCUGGAGUGUGGAAAGAGCUUCAGCACAAGAAGAGCUCUUACUGUACACCACAGAGCCCACUCUGGGGAGAAACCAGAUAAGUGCCUUUAAUGUGGAAAGAGCUUCAGAACAAGUAGAAAACUUACUAUACACCACAGAACCCACUCUGGAGAAAAACCACAUAAAUGCUUGGAGUGUGGAAAGAACUUCAGCCAGACAGCACAUCUUACUGUACACUGUAGAACACACACUGGGGAGAAACCACAUAAAUGGCCAGAGUGUGGAAAUGUAGCUUCAGCACAAUUGGUGAACUUAUUGUACACCACAGAACCCACACUGGGGAGAAACCAUAUAAAUGCUGUGAGUGUGGAAAGAGAUUCAGCACGAGUGGAGAAAUUACUGUACACCACAGAACCCACACCGGGGAGAAACUGCAUAAAUGCCUGGAGUGUGGAAAGAGCUUCAGCCAGAUUGGAAAUCUGCAAACACAACAGAGAACCUACACUUGGGAGAAACCACAUACAUGGUUGGAGUGUAGAAAAUGCUUCAGCCAGAAAGCACAUCUUACUGUACACCAUAGAACCCACUAGGGAUGUUCAUGAACCAGUCCGGAGGCCAUUCUAGAGGUGGUGCUUCAAAGGUGGUGCUUUCAAAGUUGGUGCUGGCUCAAAGGUUCAGCGCCACUGGUGUGGUGGUUCUUUAAGGGCAGUGGAGGGCGCACUUACCCCUCCCUCUGCUUCCCCUCCCCCCCAGCGCUCCAUUUUUAGCAAAAACACAUGGAGCAGCAGUGUUCCUCCCUUCUACCCCUUUCCUCAUUCUUGCUUGGAAAUGGCCGGAAGUAGUACAUGCGCCCAUCACGAUGUGCGAUCAGUAUGUAGAUGCUAUGAGUGCAUGCGCAGGGGCUUUUCCCGGCCAAGAACAGGGGAAUGGGUGACAGGAAGGUAUGCUGCUGCCCCAUGGGUUUUGUUAAAAAUGGAGCUCCAGUGGGGGAAAAGUGGAGGGAGGGGUAAGUGCACCCUUCCCCACCCUUUAAGAACCACUGCCCCCAGCAUCAAACUGCAUCUCCACAGUUUCAUGCACACCACUAUAACCUACACUGGAGAGAAACCACAUAAACAACAGAAGCAUGGUGGAACAGUGAGAACCAGUGAGACACUGUUAUCCCUGGAUAUAAUCUCUAUAGAAAAGGCAGGGAGGGGCGCCUUGGAGGUGGAGUAGCACUGUAUGCUAAAGAAGGAAUAGAAUCUAACAAGCUAGAAAACCUUGUUGGACUGGAGUCCUCCACAGAAACCCAUACAACGCCUGAAAGGGAACGUGCUACUGGGGAUGUGCUAUUGCCCUCCGGAUCAAAACACUGACAGCGACUGGGAGUUGCAGGAGGAAAUCAGGGAGGCAUCAAGGAGAGGCAGGGCUGUAAUAAUGGGUGACUUCAAUUACCCACACAUAGGCUGGGUAAAUUCAGUUAUGUAAUGACAAAGAGGUCAAAUCAGAUACGCUGAAUAACUGUGCCCUAGAAGGGUUGGUUUUGGAACCAACCAGAGAGAAGGUGACCUUGGACUUAAUCCUGAGUGGCAGUGGCACCCAGGACCUGGUAUGUGAUGUCAGUAUCAUCAACCCUUUUUAGCGAACAGUGACAAUAGUGUGAUCAAAUACAGCAUACAUACGGGGAGAGAAUCACCAAGGAAGUCUAACACAGACAUUUUUAAUUUUGGAAGAGGAAACUUCUCCAAAAUGAGGAGUAUGGAGAAAAGAAAGCUGAAAGGGAAAAUCAGGAGAGUCACUUGGCUACAGAGUGCAUGGAGUUUACUCAAAAUCACAAUACUAGAAGCCCAGUUAGAUUGUAUAUGCAAAAGGAGGAAAGGUACCGCUAUGUCCAGGAGGAUGCCAGCAUGGUUAAGAUUCUACAACAAUGUGCAAAAACAUGUAUGAAAAUGUACUUCAUUAUCCUUAAUGCAUGAAAAUGUACUUCAUUAUCAUUAAUGGAUUCUGAAUACAGAAACUGGAUCCCCUGUGUACCAAACACAGAUCAAGUGCAAUUUAGCCAUCCAGAGCAUGGCUAGAAGUUCAAACUCUCCAGCUCACUAGGAAGCCAUAAAAGGGAAGAAGACUUCCUUCCGAAAUUGGAAGGCCUGUCCAAAUGAAGAGAACAGAAAGGAACACAAACUCUGACCAAAGAAAUGCAAGGUGACAAUAAGGGAGGCAAAAAGAGAGUUUGAGGAACAUUUAGCUAAAAAAGUCAAGGGGAAUAACAAAAACUUCUUUAAUUGCAUCAGAAAGAGGAAACCUGCCAGGGAGGUGGUUGGACCAUUAGACAAUGACGGAGUGAAAGGGAUUACUAAGGAGGAUAUGGAGGUUGCAGAGAAGCUAAAUGAGUUCUUUGCCUCCAUCUUCAUGGCAGAGGAUACUGAGCAUAUACCUUUUUCUGAACCAGGCUUUUCAGGGAUGGAGGCUAAAGAACUGAGUCAGAUAGAAGUGACAAGAGAUGAUGUUGUAAACUGUCUGGAAAAACUGAAAACUAGCAAAUCGCCGGGGCUGGAUGGCAUCCAUCCAAGAGUCCUUAAAGAAUUCAAAUGUGAAAUUGCCAACCUCUUUGCAAAAAUAUAUAACUUAUCCCUAUAAUCAGGCUGUGUACCAGAGGACUAGAAAGUAGCAAAUGCAACACCUAUUUUCAAAAAGGGGUAAUCCAGGAAAUUACAGGCCGGUUAGCUUAACAUCUGUUCUAGGCAAAUUGAUGGAAAGCAUCCUCAAGGAUAAAAUUGUAAAGCACAUAGAAGAACAGGCCCUGCUGGGGGAGAACCAGCAUGACUUCUGCAAAGGGAAAUCUUUCCUCAUGAAGUUCCUCAUCAAAGACUCCUGAGGAAACUUUGCAGUCAUGGGAUAAGUGGAUAAGUACAUGUGUGGAUUGCGAACUGGUUGAAAGAGAGGAAACAGAGGGUAGGUAUAAAUGGAGAGUUUUCACAAUGAAGGGAAGUAAGAAUUGGGGUCCCCCAGGGACUGGUGUACUGGGACUGGUGCUUUUUAAUUUAUUCAUGAAUGAUCUAGAAGCAGGGUUAAGCAGCGAAGUGGCUAAAUUUGCAGACAAUACCAAACUCUUUUGGGUAGUGAAAUCCAUAACUGAUUGCGAAGAGCUCCAAAACGAUCUCUCCAAACUGGGUGAGUAGGCGACAAAGUGGCAAAUGCGGUUCAAGUGUAAAGUGAUGCACAUUGGGACGAAGAACCCCAACUUCAAGUAUAUCAUCAUCAUCAUCAUCAUCAUCAUCAUCAAUUUUAUUACGGCCAUUGGCCAGCAGAAAUAGGAGUAACAAAUAUACUCAAUACAAUGAUCAAUAAAACAAUGCUAAAACACAAUAAAACGGGAUACAAUCACUCAUAAUAAAUUACUUAAAAACAAUAGACAGCUCUUGCAAUUAAGCACUUAAUAGGGACCUUAACCUAAUGGCAAUGUAGAAAAAUUUAGCCACGAUUGUUGUAAUCCCGGGGCUUGAAUCCUCGAGGCAGUAAUGUGUUUAAAAGAGCUCACACCUUCCGGGAAAUUUGAAUAAUAGAGGUGAAAUAAGUUCUUCUCUAGCAUCCCGAUAUAAAGAGCAAUAUAGCAAUACAUGGGUGACAGUUUCCAGGAGGCCAACGCCAGAAGGGCAGAAAACAAGAGAUGAUGUUGUAAACUGUCUGGAAAAACUGAAAACUAGCAAAUCGCCAGGGCUGGAUGGCAUCCAUCCAAGAGUCCUUAAAGAACUCAAAUGUGAAAUUGCCAACCUCCUUGCAAAAAUGUAUAACUUAUCCCUACAAUCAGGCUGUGUACCAGAGGACUAGAAAGUAGCAAAUGCAACACCUAUUUUCAAAAAGGGGUAAUCCAGGAAAUUACAGGCCGGUUAUCUUAACGUCUGUUCUAGGCAAAUUGAUGGAAAGCAUCCUCAAGGAUAAAAUUGUAAAGCACAUAGAAGAAGAGGCCCUGCUGGGGGAGAACCAGCAUGGCUUCUGCAAAGGGAAAUCUUUCCUCAUGAAGCUUUUGGAGUUCUUUGAGAGUGUCAACAAGUGUGUGGAUCAAGGUGAUCCAGUUGACAUAGUCUACCUGGACUUGCAAAAAGCUUUCGACAAAGUUCCUCAUCAAAGACUUCUGAGGAAACUUAGCAGUCAUGGGAUAAGGGGACAAGUACAUGUGUGGAUUGCGAACUGGUUGAAAGACAGGAAACAGAGGGUAGGUAUAAAUGGAGAGUUUUCACAAUGGAGGGAAGUAAAAAUUGGGGUUCCCCAGGAACUGGUCUACUGGGACUGGUGCUUUUUAAUUUAUUCAUAAAUGAUCUAGAAGCAGGGGUAAGCAGCGAGGUGAGCCAUCAUGGUUGUAAUCCCGAUGCUUGAAUCCGCGAGGCAGUAUUAUGUAUAAAAGAGCUCACACCUUCCGGGAAAUGUGAGUAACAGAGGGGAAAUAAGUUCUUCUCUAGCAUCCCGAUAUAAAGAGCAAUAUAGCAAUACAUGGGUGACAGUUUCCAGGAGGCCAAAGCCACAAGGGCAGAAAACCGCAACAGGAUGAUCUUUAGCAAACCUCCUUUCCAAAAGAGAAGAGGGCAAGACAUUAAACUGGGCCCGAGCAAAUGAAACCCGAAAUUUAGAAAAAUGCAGCGUCGUUAAGUAGUUAGCACCUCUAUCUCCCCAAGGUGGCAAAAUCCCAAAUUGUAAAGGGGACAAAAAUGUAAAGGGGAAACUUCAAGUAUAUGCUGAUGGGAUCUGAGCUGUCAGUGACUGACCAGGAGAGGGAUCUUGGGGUCCUGGUGGACAACUCGUUGAAAGUGUCAACUCAAUGUGCGGAGGGUUUGAAAAAGGCCAAUUCCAUGCUAGGGAUCAUUCGGAAGGGGAGUGAAAACAAAACUCCUAAUAUUAUAAUGCCCUAAUACAAAACUAUGGUGUGGCCACACCUGGAGUACUGUGUACAAUUCUGGUCACCACAUCUAAAAAAGGAGAUUGUAGAACUGGAAUAGGUGCAGAAGAGGGCAACCCAGAUGAUCAGGGGCCUAGAGCACCUUUCUUAUGAGGCAAGACCUGGGGCUUUUAAAUUUAGAAAAAAGACUGUGGGGAGACAUCAUAGAGGUCUAUAACAUCAGGCCUGGUAUGGAGAAAGAGGACAGAUAGAAAUUCUUCUCCCUCUCACAUAACACUAGAACUAGGGGUCAUCCCAUGAAAUAGAUUGCCAGGAAAUCUAGGGCCAACAAAUGGAAGUACUUUUUCGCACAACACAUAAUGCACUUGUGGAAUUCUCUGCCACAAGAUGUGGUGACAGUCAACAACCUGGAUGUCUUUAAGAGGGGUUUGGAAAACGUCAUGGAGAAGAGGUCUAUCAUCGGCUACUAGUUGGAGGGCUUCAGGCCACCUCUAGCCUCAAAGGCAGGAUGCCUCGGAGUACAAGUUGCGGGGGAGUAACAGCAGGAGAGAGGGCAUACCCUCAACUCCUGCCUGUGGCAUCCAGCGGCAUCUCGUGGGCCACAGUGAGAAACAGGAUGCUGGACUAGAUGAGCCUUGGGCCUGAUCCAGCAGGGCUUUUCUUAUGUUCUUAAAUGCUUGAAGUAUGGAAAGAGCUCCAACCUAAAUAAACACCAUAGAACGCACACUGGGGAGAAACCACAUAAAUGCCUGGCGUGUGGAGAGACUUCAGCACAAGUGGAGCUCUUACUGUAUCCCAUAGAACCCACAUAGAGAAAACCACGUGAAUGCUUGGAGUGUUCAAAAGAACAUCGGGAGGAAGGCAAGACUUACUGAACAUGAGCAAACUCAUAGAGCGUAAAAACCAUACACCUGAAACUGCAGAGAAACCUGGGAAACUGCCUCACUGUGUGAAAUAUACAACCUUGUCCAAUUUCUUUUUCUCUUUUGACUUGCUUUCACCCUUGUUACCUUCUGAAGGAAUUGAGGCCAAGUGUUCAUACUGGUGUGUUUGGUUCUGUGUUAAAAAUAAGUGUGCAUCAUUCGGUCCAACUGAUUCAUGAAUAUUAGUGUUUCACAGCAUUCCCUUGCUUUUCCUUGCCUUGGAAUCCCGUUCUGUGUUGGUUGGUGUAGACAAUACUGAGCUGGAUGGACCAGUCGUGUGACUGAGUUCCGGAGCUUUCUAUGUCCGUCUGGAGCACGUCUCACUCAGGAGUUGAGCCCCUGCUUUCCAUGCCAGAGGUCCCAGGUUCAAUCCCUGGCAGCAUCCACAGAUAGGGCUGGGAUAGAGGUUGCCUGGAACCUUGGAGGGUCACUGCCAGUCAGUGUAGACCAGUGUUGAACAACUUGGUCCCUCCUGCCAUUGUUGGCUACAUCUCGCACCACUCCUGCUGAUUGAUGACUGUUGCUGAGCAUGCUGGGAGUUAUAAUCCAAAGGGUUCAAGCUGUGCUGCCCUGGGUCAGAUAGUAAUGAACUAGAUGGAGGGUGGCUUAGUCUAUAUCAGGCCUGCGCAACUUGGGCCCCCCCCGGCUGUUCUCUGACAGCAACUCCCAUAAUCCCCAGCCACAGUGGCCAAUAGCCAGUGAUUAUGGGAGAUGUAGGCAAACAUCUGCAGGAGGGCCGAAGUUGAGCUGGCCUGGUCUAUAUACAGCUUCUUCCAGAGUUCCACAUAGCACACACACACACGGUGCUUAGGAGCACAUUAGGAGAGAAAGCAGAGAGAAAUUGAUAGUUCUAAUUGUUGGAGCUGAACUUCUAGUGCAGCACCUUUUGCACCAACUGUCCUAAUGACCACUAGGGGCAUUGGGAGUAGAGACAGUGAGUCAGGGUCACCCGAUCUGUCCCCACUCUAUGACCUCUGAACGGACUCUGCAGCACUUCCUGUACUGAGUCACAAUCCUUCCUUUCCUCCUAGAGAGCAGAUGGAAACCUCUCUCUCUCUCUCCUUACCUAUCCAUUAUGUAGUCCUUUAGAUUAGAUAUAGGUCUUUCCUAUCUAAGUGUAUUUAACCAAUAAAUAUUUAGUGUUCAGUCAUACAA